AUGAACUCUGGUGGACCAAACUAUCAAAUGGCUUCGCUAUACGUUGGAGAUUUGCAUCAGGAUAUUAAUGAAGCUGGACUUUUUGAGAAAUUCUCUGAUGCUGGUCCAGUACUAUCCAUUCGAGUAUGUCGCGACAUUAUUACUCGUCGCUCACUAGGCUAUGCCUACGUUAACUUUCAACAACCAGCUGAUGCUGAACGUGCUUUGGAUACAAUGAAUUUCGAUUUAAUCGGUGAUAAACCCAUUCGCAUUAUGUGGUCCCAACGUGAUCCUUCUUUGCGUCGUUCUGGCAUUGGUAAUGUUUUCAUCAAAAACUUGGACAAGGGCAUUGACAACAAGGCUAUAUAUGAUACUUUCUCGGCUUUUGGUAAUAUUUUAAGUUGUAAAGUAGCUACCGACGAUAAGGGUCAAUCCAAGGGUUACGGAUUCGUACAUUUCGAAACUGAAGAGGCCGCCAAUAAGGCCAUUGCCAAAGUCAACGGUAUGUUGUUGAACGGUAAGAAGGUUUACGUUGGCAAAUUCAUUCCCCGUAAGGAACGCGAGAAGGAACUCGGCGAAAAGGCUAAAUUGUUCACUAACGUCUAUGUCAAGAACUUCCCCGACGACGUUAAUGACGAAAAAUUGAAGGAAAUGUUUGAACCAUACGGUAAAAUUACCAGCUACAAGGUCAUGACCAAGGAUGAUGGUAAAAGCAAAUGUUUCGGUUUCGUUGCUUUCGAGACCACUGAGGCCGCUGAGGCUGCCGUCGAAGCCCUUAACGGCAAAGACAUGGGAGAGGGUAAGACCUUGUAUGUGGCUCGUGCCCAAAAGAAGGCCGAACGUCAACAGGAACUCAAACGCAAAUUCGAAGAAUUGAAAAAGAAACGCCAAGAUUCCGUCUAUGGUGUCAAUUUGUACGUCAAGAAUUUGGAUGACACCAUCGAUGAUGAGCGCUUGCGCAAGGAAUUCUCCUUGUAUGGUACUAUUACCUCCGCUAAGGUUAUGACUGAUGAAGAAGGCCGCUCCAAGGGCUUCGGUUUCGUCUGUUUCGUUGCUCCCAAUGAAGCUACUUGCGCUGUCACUGAAUUGAACGGCCGUGUUAUGGGCUCCAAGCCUUUGUAUGUUGCCUUGGCUCAACGUAAGGAAGUACGUAAGGCUCAUCUUGCUUCUCAAUACAUGCGUCACAUGGGUGGCAUGCGUAUGCAACAACUUGGUCAAAUAUUCCAACACAAUGCUGCUGGCGGUUUCUUCGUACCAACCAUGGGUCCCGGUCAACGUUUCUUGGGUCCUCAAGUGCCUACACAAAUGCGUAACACACCACGCUGGGCUGCUCAUGUGCCUCGUCCAGCUCAAGCUGGUGCCGCUCCUGCAGCCGGUGGCUUCCAAAAUGCCGCCAUGGCUCCUGCUGGUACUGCUCAGUACCGCCCACAAGCUGCCGGUGGUGCUCGUGGUCAACCACAAGCUGUUCAAGGCGCUCAUGCUGCCGCUGCCAACACCAUGCGCAACAGCGGUGCUCGUGCUAUUACUGGACAACAAUCUAUUCCAGCUCCCAACAUUGCUUUGGCUGGUCCUCCUUUGCCAGCUGGUGCUGCUCAACAACGUGCCGCCAACUACAAAUACAACACCAAUGUACGCAACCCAACUGUGCAACAGGUUCCAGCACCUCAACCUGUCCAACAAAUACACCAAAAGGGACCCGAGAAGCUUUUGGCUUCUUUGUUGGCAAAUGCUACUCCCCAAGAGCAAAAACAAAUUUUGGGCGAACGUUUGUAUCCAAUGAUCGAACGUAUGCAUCCAUCUUUAGCCGGUAAGAUCACUGGUAUGUUGUUGGAAAUCGAAAACUCCGAACUCUUGCACAUGAUUGAAGAUCACGAUGCCCUUAAAGCCAAGGUCGAAGAAGCCGUUGCUGUUUUGCAAGUUCACAACGUUCGUGAAACUGUGCCUACCAAUUAAACAAAGGAAAAGCUUGAAAGAAACCAAAAAAAAUAUAAAAUUUUAAAAAAGAACAACUACAGCCAACAUAAUUAAACAAAAAGUUUAGUAGCAAAACACUAAUUAACAGCAAACAAAAACACUUUUUUUUAAAGCUACAAAGCUCAGCAAAUUUCAAACAUAUUUUUUGCAUUAUUUGUAUUUUCAUUUCAAUCAUUUGUCAUCUUAAAAUCUACUUUCUGUUUUUAUUUUUCUUUUUACAGUUUAACUUUCAAUUUAUUCAAAUUGUCCCCAUAAAGCAAGUAUCACAAGAAAAACAAAUUGGUUACGCUCAGCCUUUCAAAGGAAUUUUCAAGUUCUGGCUGUUGCAGUACACUUUAAUGAAUUCCCACUCUCUUCCUCCUCCUAUACAUGAACUAACUAUUUUUGAAAUUUAAUUAUGUUUUUCAUAUUCUUGAAUAAAUUUUAAUUUGUCGUCCUUUAUAUUAACAACUUGCUGCUGAGUUUUAACAAAAAGAAAA